AUGGCGCAGCUUCCGCCGGAGAUCGUGGAACUGGGAGAUAACAUCAGGGACCUGAAGGAGCAGCUCAAGGCCCAGGGGCUGAGCAACAAGAUGAUCAAGGAUAACGAGAUGUACCAGGAGUUGGCCCAGCAACUGGACACCAUGAAGAUCGAGGCUGGCUUCGACCCGAAGACAAACAAGCCACUGCAAGGUGACGCCCCGCGCCGACCAGGGACCCCCAAGAAGAACCAGGCAGCCAGUCAACGCGUCGUGAGCGAGCUGAUGGCCGUCUCCGACCUCCUCGAGGAGGCUAUCCAGCAGGUGAGGGAGGGCCACGAGCGGCUGCAGCGGGAGCGCACGGAGAUUCGGGAGCAGAAGGAGGAGGCCACCCGCGCGAUCGAGGAGGCCGAGGCCACCCGGCAGGUGCUGCUGCAGAAGCUGGGCAGGUGA